AGGUUUUCCCACACAAACGCCCCCCUGUCCACGCGCAGCUAGGGUUUCGCUCCGCCGCGACCGCACGAUCCAGACCCUUACACUUCCCUAGCCCUACACCUCCCGGCGGCGGCGGCGAGCAGUCAGUGGCAAGAUGAGGCCUGUUCUCAUGAAGGGGCACGAGCGCCCGCUCACGUUCCUCAAGUACAACCGGGACGGCGACCUGCUCUUCUCCUGCGCCAAGGACCACACGCCCACCGUGUGGUACGCCUCCAACGGCGACCGCCUCGGCACCUACCGCGGCCACAACGGCGCGGUGUGGUCCUGCGACGUCUCCCGCCACUCCACGCGCCUCAUCACGGGCAGCGCCGACCAGACCGCCAAGCUCUGGGACGUCCAGACGGGGAGGGAGCUCUUCACCUUCAGGUUCGACGCCCCCGCGCGCUCCGUCGACUUCGCCAUCGGCGACCACCUGGCCGUCAUCACCACCGACAGCUUCAUGGGGAAGAUGCCCACCGCGCAGGUCAAGCGCAUCGCCGAGGACUUGCAAGACCAGACGGAGGAGUCGGCGCUCGUGAUCUCCGGCAUCACGGGGAGGAUUAACAGGGCCGUGUGGGGACCCGGCAACCGGACCAUCAUCACGGCUGGCGAGGAUGCCACCAUCCGCAUCUGGGACUCUGAGACUGGAAAGCUGCUGAAGGAGUCAGACAAGGAGGCUGGGCAUCAGAAGGCAAUUAGCUCACUAUCAAAAUCCUUAGAUUGGUCUCAUUUCCUCACAGGUUCCUUGGAUAAAUCUGCUAAGCUAUGGGAUGCAAGAACACUGACCCUGAUAAAGACAUAUGUCACAGAGCGACCAGUUAAUGCUGUUGACAUGUCUCCUACUCUUGAUAAUGUGGUUAUUGGAGGUGGUCAAGAUGCAAUGAACGUUACUAUGACAGAUCGCCGUGCCGGUAAAUUUGAGGCCAAAUUUUUCCACAAGAUUUUACAAGAAGAGAUUGGUGGUGUUAAAGGACAUUUUGGACCAAUCAAUGCAUUGGCAUUUAAUCCUGAUGGAAAGAGCUUUUCGAGUGGUGGGGAGGAUGGAUACGUGAGGCUACACCAUUUUGAUCCUGAGUAUUUCAACAUCAAGAUGUAAGCCUGUGAAUUUCUCAAGGCUUUUGCUUACAUGGUCAUUUCGGGGCUGCUGUUUGGUUGGUGUCCAGGCCAGGGUAGAACCAAACAAGUUUAUACUAGGCCCUGUUGAAGCACCAUUAUUUUUCAGGCACAGUUCGCCAUUUUCCGACCUUGUUUCAGGCUGCAGUUGAAAGACCUCCCUCGUACUCUGGAGUGAACAUAGUUUUAUUUUUUUGGCUCAGUUUGUGCAACAACUUUACUUAGCUGGAUGAUCUACUCUGUAAUACUCCUUUCGUUCACUAUUAUAAGAUGUUCUAACUUUUUUUCUUCUAAAUCGGAUGUAUGUAGACGUGUUUCAGUGUGUUUGUUCACCAUAUGGAAGUAUCAAGAACAUCUUAUAUCAGUGAAUAAAGGGAGUGGUUCCUUUUU